AUGAGAAAGCUCAAGUUUCAUGAACAAAAGCUGCUCAAGAAGGUGGAUUUUCUCGAAUGGAAGUCAGACCAAUCGCUCAGAGAAAAUGCAGUCAUGAGAAAGUAUCAUGUUCAGGACAGAGAACAUUACAUCAAAUACAACAAGUUAUGUGGAAGGAUAAAGCGCACGGCCAAUCUCUUGUCGCUACUAGAUCCAAGAGAUCCGUUCAGAACAAAGACUUCAGAAGCCCUCAUGCAGAAACUCUACCAGAUGGGACUCGUAACCAGCAAAGAAAACCUAUCACAAUGUGAAAAGCUCACCGUAUCUUCAUUCUGUCGACGACGACUACCCAUCGUCAUGCUCAAACUCAAAUUGUCUGAAACUGCCAAAGAAGCUGUACAGUUUAUCGAACAAGGCCACAUCCGUGUAGGUCCUGAAACUGUUACAGAUCCGGCCUUCUUGGUCACCAGGAAUAUGGAAGACUUUGUCACUUGGGUCGAUACUAGCAAGAUAAAGAGAAAUAUCCUGAAGUAUAAUGAUAAACUGGAUGAUUUCGAUUUGCUAUAA